CUUUCAUCAUUCAUGGCGGCCCAGACGGUACACGACGCACGUCCCUCAGUGCUCACAGAGAGUCGAUCCCGGCGCAAGCUUGCAAGUCAAGAUUCAGGAGUCUGGGCAGACCAAUCCGAAGAUCAGCCGUAGCUAGAGGUCAGAUUCAUGUCAGAGUAAACAAUUGCCAACUUGGAAGUGGUCGCACAUUGAGCUAGAUUGUGUAAAGGCAGUUUUCAGAUCACCUACCUAGAGGGAGUCUAACCCGCUGCCACCGUUGUCAUUCUAAGUGUUGUGUGAGCUAUUUGCUGACGACAUGGCCGCGUUCACUGCAGUCCUUCUGUUGGCCCUGGUCGCUUCUUCAGCUGCUGUCCAAAGAUCGCUCCUGCAAACAUCAAGCCCAACCUUGACCAACGGAGACUUUGCACUCCCCGGGACAGUCGCCCUUAACCCUGGCGGUUAUGCGUUCCUGAGCACUCAAACCCCAGAUGCUAUCACGGGGUGGAACAUCACUUCUGGGAGCGUGGACUAUGUCUCAACGAGCCAGUGGGAGGCCCCGCCUGGGGCCUCAUACAGUGUUGAUGUGUCAGGCGAUAAUGCGGGAGUCAUCUCACAGACUUUUACCACCACGCCUGGUGGCGCCUACGACGUCUCCUUCUACCUGGCUGGCAGCCCCUUCGGUACGCCAACCAAAACCGUCCAAGUGACAGCGGGCGACAGCAGCCAAACGUACACGUUCGACAUCACCAAUGCAACGGCCACUCAGAUGGGGUAUUUGCCUCAGACCUUCAGUUUCGUAGCCACAGGGGCGAGCUCCACACUGCAGUUCACCUCGCUCACCAACGAGCAGGACGGGCCUGUCAUUGGAAGUGUCGUUGUUACAGGCGGAGGUGCUAUCAGCCCCUCCGCUGGACCAGUCCCUGCCCCCGUCCCUGGCCCUGCAGCAGGCCCCACCUCCGCCAACGCAACUGCACCAGCCCCCGGCCCCGCUACAGCCACUCUGAACGCCACCGCCCCCAGCCCGGCUGCCAACGGCUCACUUGCUACCAACGGCUCACUUGCUACCAAUGGUUCACUUGCUGCCAACGGCUCGCUCGCUGCCAACGGCUCGCUCGCUGCUAACGGCUCUCUAGCUGGCGCGCCUGGAUCCGCUCCUGCUAUUGCGCCCGGAUCCGCCCCUGCUGUUGCCCCGGUUCCCGCACUCGCGCCCGUUAUCGCCCCUGCCCCAGCGUCGACCACGCCCAUCAUUGCAAGCUUCAUUGUGCCGGUCAAUGUGUCGGCCCUCAACUCGUCAGCUGCGUUUGCGGCCGUGACAGCCGGCCUCGCGGCCGAGUUUGGCACGCCCAGCACCACGCCCGUCAUCACGAGCAUCGCGCCCGGGCCCAUCCCCGCGAACGAGACGGCCGUCACUUUCGAGAUGCAGUCGGCCACCGGGGGCGCCAUCCCGCAAGCGGAGCAGGAUAACCUGCGCGCCGCCUUCACGACCCUGGUCCAGAACAAGGACACGCUCGUGCUGCCAGCACCAUUCAACACACCCUCCAACUUCUCCGUCGUCUCCUUCCCGGGGGGUCCCGGCGUCAUCGGUUCCGGUGCCCCCUACGGCGCAGUCGGCGCCAACGUGACGACGGCCCUGCUCAACUUCACUCUGCCCCGCAGCGUCGACGAGCUAAGCGCCAACCAGACCGCGCUACUCCAGGGGGUUUCUGGCGCUCUUGGUUUGAAGCCGUCUGAGGUGCUGACGGCGGCUCUGACUGCGGUGAACGGCUCUGCGAACGCGACCGAGGUCAGCACCGCCCUGACCACCAUCGGCGCGUUCGCCGACAGCCCCGCCAGGAUCGCCGAGCUCGCAGGCAACAUCAGCGCUGCUGCCACGAACGGUACCUUCGGCCUGGAUCCCGCCACUUUCGGCCUCCCCUCCAACAUCGUUCUCAGCCCUGCCCUCGCCGCUCUCCUUCCCCCGGGCACCACUUUGCCCCCGAGCACCACGCUGCCAGCUGGCACCAUCCUUCCCCCGGGCACCACUGUUCCCCCGACCUCUGUAGCGACCAACACCACCCCAGGAGCCUCGCCGACGUCUGGCGCUGCCACCAGGGUUGGGUUCACCCUUGUUGGGCUGGCCUCCGCUCUGUUGGUGGCCACUCUCUUCUAGAAGCCAAGAAGCUGGCGCCUCGUCAAAAUGAACUGGAAAAAGUUUAGUCGAGUUAAGUGUUGAUUGGCAAGUUAGAGCAGGUCUAGAGCAGGUCUAUUCUUCUGAGCAUGUCAAUCGUAGUAAGUAUGUGGUGCCAAGCCGAAAAGGCUGGGUGCUCAUGCAACCUGCCCUUGUGUUGAGCGCGUCGACAUCUCCUGACCAAUGAGAAGUUGGCUCGGAGUUGCGGCACUGACCUUAGAAGGUUCUUUAGCUCUCUUACUCUCUUUAUCGGUGAGGAAUUUACAGAAGGCAAUUGGUAACCACGAAAUGACUAAUUGCCCGCAUUCAGUUCCAGCAUAAACCCAAUUGCUUGUUCUAGUUACAUUUACAAUAGAGACCUAACUCCGAUCGAAGUAGGGUAGCUUGAACAAUUGACACCAAGCCCGGUCUUAGCGAGCUCGAAUAACGGUCGUACCAGUGGUAAAGGUUGUGAACUUGAGUAGCGAGUUUGUUGAUCCGGCCAAUACCUGAGUUGUUGUUGACUGCCUGAUUCUUCUCGGCCGAUGAUGGCCUGAUCAUGGAGAACGUCCAAAACAGCAG